UUCUGAGUAGAAACAGAGAGUCCAAUGUUUCAUAUUACACACUCCUCAGCUUGGAGGAGGGAAAAAGGAGAAGAAGAGGAGGAAACCUGUGACUUCUUCUCUUUUUGGAGGCAUUCAAGUGGGAGUUUAUGGAGGCUGCAGCCGUGGAAAAUGAAGAUCUCCUCUGUGGUGUUUGCUCUCCUGAUUCGGGCACUGUUUGGAGAUUUGUGUUUGGCCAUCAAUGUCACCAUCACCCCGUCCCCCUUCACAGUGGCCCAGGAGGGUCAAAACAUCACUCUGACCUGUGUUGUGUCCCAGCGGCGGCGGAAUGCUGCUUUACCAGUAGUGAAAUGGACCUUCUUACCGGCGGGCACGGACCGCCAAGAGGAUGAACUCUUGAUUGCGCGCGUCAACAUGAGGAAGGCCCGAUUCUACGGCAACUACACCAAGAGCUUCUCCUGGCCCAAGCUGAAGCUGACGGUGGUGAAGCAAGGGAAGAUCUUUGACCUGCUGAUCUUGAACGUGUCCGGGGGCGACCGCGGGCUCUACUUGUGCCGAGUGCAGGAGUUUAAAAAGCACCAGGACCGGUGGAAGGCAGCAUCCAAUUGCACUGCUUCUACGGAGCUCAGAGUGCAUGUUCUGCCGACCACCAAGGCCAAGGAAAGCCUGUGGAGCUUGUUUGAAGAUGUUUACUUGUGUGCAGCGCUCAUCUGUUCAGUCGGUCUCCUCUGCAUGUGCAUGUUCACCGUGACGGUGACGUGUCAGUACAUACAGCGGAAGCAGAGGUUAAAAGAUAAUUACCUGCUGGUCAAAAGUCCACAGAACAGCUCAGGGGAGACGGUCACCGGCGUGGUCAGUAUGUCUCCUGCUCUGCCACAGAAGGAGAGGAGAUACAGGAAGAAAAAGAACAGGAACCAUCAGGAGGAUUUACCACCAGAGAUUCCAGCCAAAGGUAGAGUCGUCUAA